UGCAUUGCUUAGCUAACGUCGGAUUCGCGCGCUUGCUGCUGGGCUUCUUUUGGCCUAAAAACUGCUUUAGAAUAUAAGUAGCGUUUAGUUUAAGAAAUGUUGUCGAAAUUUGUUAUAACAGUUAGCUAUUCCUAAGAAACAUACAAUCAAGAGGGUUUGUGUCUUUUAAUUUUUAUUAUUUUCUUUUUUUUUUUUACUUAUGGCUGAUACGUACUAGGAGUUAACCGUUGGUAGACCCGAUCAACUAGCUAGCUGCAAAAGAAAUGUAUAUUUGCUGAAAAAUGUUUAAAGACUAAGUAAUUAGACUUUGACGUAGCAGUCAUCUAAAGUCUUACACUGUCUAACGAAAAUAAAUGUAAUACUCAGAUUAUAUUUUGGCAACUGUUUUUUUUUUACUGGAGUUCCUCCUGAGAACAGCGCGGCCUAGCGGUGGUGAGUGUUUUUAAGAAGCUAAAAUGGCAGCAAGUCAGAUCUUCCAGCUGGAGAGUGCAAUGGAUCAAGUGCUAAAACGUGGAAAUGUUCAAGUUCUUGAAGACUUUUUUGAAAGAUUCACGGAUCAAGAGACCCUCACGCAUUGUUCUCUGCACUUUGUUGAAAAAUUGGACGACUUUGUCUGCAAAAGUCUAGAUCAAAAUGGUGCCAGAGCAGCCAGUUUGGGUUUUGCAAGUCUCCACAAGUUAGGAAAACACUUGAAACUACCAGAUGGUCAAGGGCUUUCAGAGUUAAUUAACAAAGGACUGAUAAAAAAGAUGGUACAGUGGUUGGACAAAUGCAAACAGCUGUGGAUCUUGCGUGGCCCACACUGGGAUGAGGCUUUGUUCAAUUUAUGUGAGAACUUCUUGAAUGCUCUAAUGGUGGUUCAUGAGUCAUCGAAAGAAGGAACAAACAAAAUUACAGAGUACUUCCUGUAUCCUGUUGGUCAGUUGGCAGUAGAUCCCAGAAUCUACAUCCUGAUCCAGAAAGAGGCCAUACGAAAAUACAACUUAAUCCUGGACAAAAUUCCAAUGGAACUUAAGAAACGGAGGAAGAUCCUAACAUCGCAGGAAGCAUCGGAUUUCAUGACCAAACUUGCUGGUCGAAUAAUGGAGGGUGGUGAUUAUGACCUGCAGUCAUCACUGAUGGAAGCGUUAUGCAGAAUGGCGACUCCUGCCCAGAGGAAAAAACUUGCAGAUCAGUGGUUCAGUUUGGGCCACGUGGCCACUGCCUUCACUCAGAUCAGAGACUCUGAGUUUGAGACGGCGUGUCGCACGUUUUUGAACAUGGUGAAUGGCAUGCAAGGAGAGAAGAGAAGAGUGUGUUCUUUUCCAUGUUUGGAAGUUUAUCUGGGAAAGUGUGAGCUCCUGAUGCCUUCAGAUGAGAAGCUUGAAGAGUUCUGGAUUGAUUUCAACCUCGACAGUCGCAGCAUCACCUUUUACUGCUCUUUACCUGAAGAGAAGGAAGGCCACUGGGAGACGAUCUGCAUUAGUGAGAAUGAAGUUGAAAGCUACUCUGUUACAGAGGAAAAAAAGAGGCAGGUCUUGAAGAUAAAGCUAUCUGAGGUGGUGGUGGUUGGUGAAGUGGAGGGAUCCGGACUCACCAUUUCCUUCAGUUCUGCCUUGGACAUCCAACAGGCUGCUCGCAACGUCUUUGGCAAAAUUCAAAACAAACAUACAUCUGUAUCAAAAACUGCAAUAGAAAUGAGCAGCACCCAGAUUGUUCCAGAGAGCCAGGUUUCCCUAAGUGGGAGCGAGAAAACGGUUGCAGCCCCUACUUCACGUUUUCCCGCUGGAAAUCUACAGAUGGUGACUCCUUCCAGGAUGAAGAUGUCAGAGUCCACAGGCUUUGUAAGGACCAGUGGAAGUGGGAAAGUGAAGCAUGACUAUUUUGCUGCCUUCAAGUCAUGCGACAAGGACAAAGACAGAUCCUCUGUGCACAGAGUGUCUUUGUGUGAUACGACUGUUCGAAUCAGCACAAAUACAGGUGGCAUUAAACGACAGCAGAAGACUUCAGAGGCAGAAGCAGCAGAAAUGUUUCUACCUGAUCAGAAUGGAGACAAGUCUCAAGAGCAUGAAAUUGUACCUGACACCCAACAUAGAUCUGGGUCAAAAAUAUCAUCUAAUUGGAGCAAAUUGUCAAUUUCGGAAAUAAUAACAAUGCCAACUCAGAAAGUUUGCUCUUUGUCCCAUCAAGACUCUCGUUCACAUUCUGUGGGACCGCAGCACUCUUCCUCCUCAGGACAAAAAAUGUCCGUUUCCCACCCAGACUUAGUCGUCCAAAAGCAAUUUCAUAGUGAGCUGACUCUGCGCCUGCAGCAGGUCCAAUGUGAGAGGAACACAGAUCCUCCACUUCAGCACCCAGCUGUGCUACCCAAUAUCAGAGGGCGCUCACAAGACAGACGCUCAGGAAAGCUGGAUGCUUUUCCUUCACUUGCUCCCAAAGUGGAGCAGACUAAAAGAAAGAAAAACACUGAAGAGGAAUGCAAAGGCAAUUUGUCUGUGGAGGCCGUCGCAGCAGAAGUCAAGUGCUCCACAGCCAGAACAGCACAAAAGAGAGAGAAAGUUAAGGAGAAUACUAAGACGACCCUUUCAAGCCAUGAGAAAAGAAACGCAGAUGUGGCUGGCAAUAUGGUGAAGUUCAUUUCCAGCCAUUAUGGUAAAAACACCCAAACCACAGAAAAUCCAGUCCACUCUGGAGACAGUCCCACCCAGAAAUCCAUCCCCCCUGUUAUAAACAGUAGACCAAAUUUUAACAUGAGCUGGUUAUCAAAGGAUAAAGGGAAAAUAUCUGCAGCUCCGAGCUUUGCAAAGUCCAACAAAAAAAGUGCAACAAACUCAAUCAGGCAAAGAAAAGAUGUCUUUGAAUUUAGCCUUGAUUCUCCUCUCAGUGUUGGGAGGAAGAACAAAACCCAAACUGAUAUCUCUGCCAUUUCAAGCAGCUCCUCUGCCGUUGUCAGCACAACCAAGAAAGCAAGGCCUGAGACUAAAAAUAAGCCCAAAAGUAAAAAGCAUUUGUUUAGUGAUACAGAUGUGGAAACCACCAGGACCGAGGUCAGCUGGCUGGCACAGUCAGCAAUGAAGCCCAAGAAAAGAGUGAAUCAAUAUCAGAGACAGGCUGCCAGAAAGCCCAGAGAGAACUCCCGUCUUCCUGGGCAAAAGUCUCCAGAUAUGUUCCCACCAACCUUGAGUUCUGUAAAAGUUAAUAACAAACCCAAAAAGAAGAGUUCUGGCUUGAAGGAAGCAGUGGGUCAGCCAAUGGAGGCAAAGAUGGUGAAGUCGACUGCAACCUCAGGCAAACCACAAACACGUGGGAAGAGACCCAAAAGAGGAGCAGCCUCGACCGCGAAGAGUUACAGAGAGCCGGACAGUGAUGACAGCCUGUCUGAACCACAGAACGCUCCCGUUGCAAAGAAAUAUACUGUGGUGCAAAAGGAGAAAAACAGAGAAUCCACUUCAGAGGAGCCUCAUCCAAAAAAGAGAGCAACCAUCUUUGCAGACCAACCUGAACAUUCAGACAAAAGGGAGGCCAGCACCGGCAGCAGCAGCAGCAGCAGGCAGUCAGAUUUUAGAAAGCAACCUGCACUAAAGCUUAGUACCAAUGAUGACCUUCAGAUUCCUUCCGGAUCAAAUAAGAAAACUGUCAUUCCUGCUCACAAACAGAGAAAGGCUUUCAAAGACUCUGUUCCCUCCGAGAACUCCUCCCCUUCUUCUGUUGAGAGGAUGAGAUCUGCAGAGGGGUCAGCCUCAACCGUGAAUUUGCCCUGCUCCGCAGUCCUCAGCCCUCAGGGGUCCCCAGUCCCUGUUAGCCCGAUGCCCGCCUGCCAAGGCGCCCCCUCGUCCGUCCCGCUGCUACGCAAACCUUGCGCCACAGUCAGCAGUAAAGGAAAAGGCAAGACGUCUUUGCACAGUUCAGGGAAGAACUUCAGUUCCUCCAAACUUCAGUUCAUGAGGUCCGAGCCCACUCCCUGUUCUCUUGAACCUGAAGUCGCUGCGUCCCGACCUCUCAAGGGGCCCAGCACAGAAAAGAAACAUCUACCCCUAAAACCUCAGCCUACAUUUGAUCUGUCCACUCAGCCGCUGUUAACCUCCACUCUCCUUCAGCCAAAAAACCCGCCUGUAACUUCCACCCCUCAGUCACCUUACCCUGAAGACAGCCCUGGUUUGGGGUGUCAGCUUGACCCCAGAAAAGCCUCAACUGAAUCCUUAGAUUCGCUGAGUCAGUCAUCCGCUAAGUCAGUAGUACUCAGCAGUAGAAGCUUCAAGGACAGCCCCAAUGUUCCAGUGAUGGUCUCCCUCCAAAGAGAGCAAACACCUCUGGCAGCUCGGGACCUUGAUGCUUCUCAGCCUCUUCUCUCAGGUCCAAGUCGCAAGCGUUGCAGCUCAAUUUCCAGUAAUUCUGAUGAAGAACAGAAGAAUAGCUUUGGAAAAGAAGUAACGAAGAAAAGCAAGAUCAGACUGCAGCACUCUCCUCGAAUAAAACCAAGGAAACUCUUCAAGUCAUUCACUGAAGUGUCCUCUUCAGAAAAGAUGAGCCUGGCAGUUUCUAGAUCUCACAUGAGCUUCACUCACUGUGGAUCCGAUGCGACCGAUGGAGACGUGGAUGUGGAUGAGAGCUUAGGUUGUCCAGACAUCUCUGUAAACCAGAGUAACCUGUACCAGCAUCUGAGCUCUGAGCUGAAAAACAAGUUGCAGAACCGUUGCAAAGUUCUGGAAAUUUACGGCAGAGAGUCUUCAAAGUCUGUGAAGCAACACAUCUCUUCCAUCGAUGUCCAGCUUAACAAACACAGAACUCAAAGGCUUGAACACGUUCAGAAGGUUCUCCUGGAGGAGAUCCACAGCAUGGAGGAGGAGGAGAACACGCUGACUAACAUGGAGACAGACCUGGCUAUCUUUUGGAAAAAACAGACAGGAACCUUUAAGAAAUAUCAGAAGCAAGAAGUCAGGAGAAAUGAAACCCUGAGGAGAGUCCUCCAGAUGAACACGUCUCCCAGCCUGAAGUACGAGGCUGAAAUAUUCACAUCAGAGAUGUGUCUGAUAAAAAAAGACAUGAAGUCUGUUCAGGACAGGCUCCUCAAUGAGAUGCUAGAGGGGGAGAUCCAGAGUGUUAAAAGAGGACUGCAUGCCUUGUUUUUCCAGUGAUGGAGUCCGGUGUGAAGGCUGCUGCGCCAUCAGACAGGUUUUUUUGUCUAUGUGUGACGUACAUAAGCCUGUUGAACUCACCGGAUGUUUAUGUAUUUUGUGCUGCACCUUAUGGUCCAGGUUCUGUAUUUACAUUCCCCUCAGCUGUUGUGCUUUUCUUAUCCAUGUUGUCAAAGUUCAAUGAACUUUCUUCUUUGUUGAAAUGUUCGAAACUUUUAUGCUUCAGAUCAGAAGUUCCUAAAAAGUCAUUUUAAUAUUUAUUCUUAAAUAAUUUAUUUAGAUUAACUAGUGAGAAUUGCAGACUAAGUGUUUGAGUUCUUAAAUGUGUGUUUUAACAUAACAUAACAAACUGGCUUUAAUUUUUCAAAUAAAUAUGUUCAAAAACACAA